AUGAUUUACAUUAGUACUGGUGAUAUUGUUGUUAAGCUUACGUUAGGUACAUGUUAUGUAACAGUACAUUUUAACAUUAGUAUUGUUGUUACACUUAUGUUAGGAAAUAUGGGUGCUUAUCGUUACAUGCAGGAAUUGUGGCGUAAAAAGCAGUCAGAGACGAUGCGAUAUUUGCUUCGAAUACGCUGUUGGCAGUAUCGACAACUCACUGCUAUCCAUCGUAUCUCUAGGUCAACGCGCCCAGAAAAAGCUCGUAGAUUGGGUUACCGUGCGAAACAAGGUUACGUAAUUUAUCGUGUAAGAGUACGCAGAGGUGGUCGUAAGCGCCAUGUCGUAAAAGGACAAACAUAUGGUAAACCGAAAAAUCAUGGUGUUAAUGAAUUGAAAUUUGCUCGCUGCAAACAGUCUAUUGCUGAGGAGAGAGUUGGACGUCGAUGUGGCAGUCUCCGUGUACUGAAUUCUUAUUGGGUUGGUCAGGAUUCUACAUACAAGUUCUACGAAGUUAUUCUAAUUGAUCCGGCACACAAGGCCAUUCGAAGAAAUCCAGAUACGCAGUGGAUAACAAAGCCUGUCCAUAAGCAUCGUGAGUUGCGUGGAUUGACGUCUGCGGGUCGCAGAAGCCGUGGUCUUGGUAAGGGACAUCACUAUUCAGCAACGAAAGGAGGUUCACGUAGAAAAUGUUGGCUACGUCGCAACACUUUGUCAUUGCGUCGUAAACGUUAA